GUUGCCUUUGCUGAUAUGAUGGCGAGAAAGGUGCGUAUCGCUGUAGAACGUUUCUGUGCGCGGCGCAAUUCUCUGAUAGUCGCGUGUGUUUUGGAAAUCCACAGCUGAACGGGCUACCUCGUGGAACCGACCUCCGUCCUUUUCUCCUCUUCUUCCUCGAUUUCCUAACGAUGCCCCCCGUUUUGGUGUCGAAUUUCCUGCAAAUCGCCAUUGAUGAGCAAACUGCAGAGAACGAUGUCUUCUCGCUCGAAUGGAGCUUCUUCAUCCCUCCCGGUGCGCCAGCGUUUGUUGGACCACCGGGCACACCCGCGACCCAAAUUGAGUGGGACACGCGAAGAAUCAGCGUCUUGCUUCGAGGCUACGACAAACGCACCAACGAGACCGUCCUAGCACCUAUGCGCUACAAUUGGGCAACGGGCGUUCUCGGCCGUUGGCGAGCCGGCUCCAUGCAAGACGACAUGACAUCUGUUCCCGAAAUCAACAGCUUCAUGACCCAAGCCAUGCAGUAUAACUACCACAACAACGACCUGGGCGGCCUGCUUUCGAAGCUCACUCUGAACAGUAAUGUUUCGAUCGUGAAGAAGUCGAAACUCGCCAGCCUGAUACGCAUCAGUGCCAAGCAGUGCCGGAAAGAAGGGGUCCGGUAUCUCCAGUGAGUCGUUUGCGAAUCCCACCUUGUUCCUCCGCGCCAUACUAUUUUUUUGGGUUUCGCUAUCGGUGUAUGUAGUUGUUCGUUUACUUCCCAUCCCUCCAAGUCUCCAAC